ACAAGCUGAUUGCCAUUUCUUGGAAGACAGUGAAAAUUUGUCAGAAAAUAACUUAUAACCAUGGCGGAUUACGAAAUAGACGAAUCCCAGUUACCCCAAGAUGUUCGGAAGAAGAUAGCCGAGCUCGAACUUGAGCUUUCUGAGGGUGAUAUAACACAGAAGGGCUAUGACAAAAAGCGAGCUCGGUUGCUCGCGCCCUUCGUCAAAAAUACUCCAGAAGCUCAGGCAAGCAACAAGCCAAGCCCCUCGACGGCCGCACAGCGACGGGCUCAUCGCAGACUGACCAGGGAAGACAACAGAUAUCAUUCAGAGAUCCGCACAGAAGCUGUGAUGCAAGCUCUCGCCAUGCACAGCAAGAAAGUGCCUGUCGUGCCGAUGCCAUCAAAACGUACAUCAGCCGUUUAUGGGCAUGCCGGACAGUCGCGACCACGCGCGCCAGAACCGGCACGUUCAGACUCGUCAUCUGAUGACGAUAGCAGCGUGUUCGAGGAGGACCAAAGUCGAUCAUCACAACACAGUCGCCAAUAUGAACGCCGCCAUGUUGACCAGGCCCGCGACCGAGAUAAACGUGACAGCCUUCCGACGGCGCAGACAAGUUCAGGUUAUACUGGCGGUGGAUACAAUAGAGACUCGUUUCAAGGCCCGAGCAACCAAGCGAGGAGUGCCCUCGCCGAUGUGAUGCAGAAUACUCGCAGAUCCCAACAUGUGAGCCAGCCACCUGACGUUACGAGCAACACAAACACAUUGAGGAAACAAGCAGACCGUGUCCAGCGCUAUGGUUCCCAGCAUGCUCAGUCAGUGAGGAUGACGUCAUCUGGGGUCAUGUCAGGCAUGCAGACGGAGAGUGAGAUGAUCCGAGCAGGGAAGGUUUCGGCCAAGAUCCAACAGCUGUUAAAUACAUUAAAACGACCAAAGAGAAAACCACUGAGAGAGUUCUUCCUGGAUGAGGAAGACGUAGAAACGCAAUUGCCUCCACCAGACCCCAAUGCCCCCAAGCCAGAAGGUAGCAUCAUCACCCCAGCUCUAGGAGAACAAUUAGUUGUGCCCACCGGCUUGCCGAGAAAUCUCGAGUCUGCCUUACAACGUUAUGGAUCAGCAUCUUAUAAAGCUACAGCCAUUACUGCCCUUGAUCCUAACGGGAAGCCAUCUAUAACACUUACUUAUGGAAAAUUACUCAGCCGAAGUCAGAAAAUCGCCUACAAUCUCCUGAACAAAAUGAAGGGCGAUGCUUGUGUGAAGUCUGGUGACCGAGUCGCCCUUGUCUAUCCGAACAACGACCCGCUGUCAUUUACUAGUUCAUUUUACGGCUGUCUCAUGGCUGGUGUAGUUCCUGUCCCGGUGGAAGUGCCCACAUCUAAAAGGGAUGCUGGCAGCAAUGGUAUAGGAUUUUUACUUGGAAGUCUGAGUGUCUCUGUGGCACUGACGUCUGAGCCAUGCUAUAAGGGCCUUCCUAGGAUCCAGAGUGGUGAGGUGAUGCAGUUUAAGGGCUGGCCUCGCCUCCACUGGUUUGUGACGGAGCAUCUUAGUAAACCGCCACGAGACUGGUUACCCCCGCCAAGACUAUCAGACGAGACACCAGCUUAUGUUGAGUACACGACCGGCAAGGAUGGUAGCGUGAUGGGGGUAACGGUGACCCGUGCCAACAUGCUGAACCACUCUCGCACGCUCACAGUGGCGUGUAACUAUACGGAAGGCGAGGUCAUGGUGUGUGUGCUCGAUUUCAAGAGGGACGUUGGGUUAUGGCAUGGUGUGUUAACGAGUAUCUUCAAUGGUAUGCAUGUGAUAUUUAUUCCGUACUCAUUGAUGAAGAUAGAUCCUGCUUCUUGGAUGAAAAUGAUCACGAAAUUCAAAGCCUCAAUCGCGGUGGUGAAGUCUCGAGACAUGCACUGGGGCCUCCUCGCCCAGAAAGACCACAAGGACAUCAACUUUCACUCUCUGAGGAUGCUGUUGGUAGCAGAUGGUGCUAAUCCAUGGUCGUUAACAUCCUGUGAUUCGUUUUUGAGCGUCUUCCAAAACAAAGGUCUGAGACCAGAGGCAAUAUGUCCUUGUGCGAGUUCAGCAGAAGGUUUGACGGUUUCAGUCAGAAGGCCAGGCAAGACUGGGUCGAGUGCUACAGGUCGUGGAGUGCUAUCUAUGCAAGGCCUCAGCUACGGUGUGGUCCGCGUCGACUCAGAGAACAGUUUGACGUCAUUGACGUUACAGGACUGUGGUCAGGUGAUGCCCGGAGCAAUGACUGUCGUUGUGAAGACAGACGGCCAGCCAUAUUUAUGCAAGACUGACGAGGUCGGUGAGAUCUGUCUGAGCUCUGGUUACACUGGCACUGGCUACUGGGGGCUACAAGGGGUCACCAAUAGUAUGUUUAAAGUGCAAGCCUUGAUGCCAGAGGGUAACCCUAUCUCGGAACAACCGUUUGUGAGGACGGGACUGCUUGGUUUCCUUGGCCCGGGUGGUCUGAUCUUCAUCUGCGGGAGCCGGGAUGGUCUGAUGACGGUCGGAGGCAGACGACACAACACUGAUGACAUCAUCGCCACAGUACUCGCUGUAGAACCAAUGAAAUUCAUUUACCGGGGACGGAUAGCAGUGUUCUCUGUACGAGUACUGAAGGAUGAGAGGAUAAUAAUCAUUGCGGAACAGAGGCCUGAUUGUUCAGAAGAAGAGAGUUUUCAAUGGAUGAGCCGAGUUCUCCAAGCCGUCGACAGCAUCCACCAAGUGGGCGUUUACUGCCUGGCUCUUGUGCCGCCAAACUAUUUACCCAAGACGCCACUAGGUGGCAUUCAUCUCCACGAGGCCAAGAAGAAGUUCUUAGAAGGAUCGUUACAUCCGGCUAACCUCCUGAUGUGUCCGCACACGUGUGUGACGAAUCUACCAAAACCACGGGAAAUACACUCGAGUAGUUUUCAAAUGGCGGAUGUCGGCCCAUCAGCGGUCAUGGUUGGUAACAUAGUCCAAGGUGCACGCCUGGCCUAUGCACAGGGUCGGGAUAUCGGUGUGAUGGAUGAAGAGAGUGAAGGAGCCAAGCGCUAUCAAUUCCUGUCUGAGAUUCUACGAUGGCGGUCGAUGACCACGUCAGACCACAUGCUGUUUUCGUUGAUAAAUGCAAAGGGCGCAGUCGGGGCCUCCUUAACCUGCAUCCAACUCCACAAGAAGGCUGAGCGUAUCGGCUGCCUUCUACUAGAGAAAGGCAAACUGAACACAGGUGACCACGUCGCGCUGAUCUUCUCACCCGGAUUGGACUUAAUCGCUGCCUUCUAUGGCUGCCUCUACGUCGGAUGUGUACCUGUGACGGUACGACCGCCCCACCCGCAGAAUAUCUCGACAACCCUACCCACAGCGAGGAUGGUUGUGGAAGUGAGCAAGUCGGUAGCCAUUUUGACCAACGCGGCAACAAUCAAACUACUCAAAUCAAAAGAGGCUUCUGCUAUCGUUGAUGCGAAGACCUGGCCGACGGUUCUGGACACAGACGACACAUCGAAGAAGAAGCUGACAGGCAUCUACCGCGCACCCACACCAGAGAUGCUCUGCUAUCUUGACUUCAGCGUGUCAACGACUGGCAUGUUAGCUGGCGUGAAGAUGUCACACGCUGCCACCUCUGCCCUGUGUCGGUCCCAGAAGCUACAGUGUGAGCUCUACCCCUCGCGUGAUGUCGCUCUCUGCCUAGACCCGUACUGCGGCCUAGGCUUUGUACUAUGGUGCUUAAGCAGUAUCUAUUCAGGUCAUCAUUCCAUACUAAUUCCACCCAGUGAGGUUGAGGCGAACCCAGCAGCCUGGUUAACGACGGUCAGUCAGCACAAAGUUCGUGAUACGUUUUGUUCCUAUGGUGUGAUGGAGUUGUGUAGUAAGGGCCUAGGCACUUCUGCCCUCGCGCUCAAACAGAAAGGCGUCAACCUGUCAUGCGUGCGAACGCUGGUCGUGAUUGCAGAAGAACGGCCGCGGAUAGCGUUGACAUCUAGUUUCUCUAAACUCUUCUCAAGUCUUGGAUUGUCGCCUCGGGCUGUCAGCACAAGCUUUGGUUGUAGAGUGAACGUUGGCAUAUGUUUACAGGGUGCCUCAAGUCCAGAUACGACCUCCGUCUACGUGGACAUGCGAGCGUUGCGUAAUGAUCGCGUGGCUCUCGUGGAGAAGGGCAGUCCUAACAGUAUGUGUCUGAUGGAGUCGGGCAAGCUGUUGCCUGGGGUCAAGGUUAUCAUAGCCAACCCAGAAACCAAGGGACAGUGCGCUGAUUCUCAUCUCGGAGAGAUCUGGGUGGCUUGUCCACACAAUGCCUCAGGUUACUUCACGAUAUAUGGGGAGGAAUCACUCCAUGCUGAUCAUUUCAAUGCCCGCCUUGCGACUGGUGAUAUACAUGGGUCUUAUGCCCGCACAGGAUUCCUUGGAUUCAUACGCCGAACUGAACUCACUCAGUCAGACGGAGAACGUCACGAUGCCAUGUUUGUUGUUGGUGCUCUUGAUGAAACAGUCAUGUUACGUAACAUGCGCUUUCAUCCGAUCGAUAUUGAAAAUAGUGUGCUUAGAUGUCAUAGGAAAAUCUGUGAAUGUGCUGUCUUUACCUGGACCAAUCUACUUGUUGUUGUCGUCGAGCUGGACGGAAACGAAAAUGAGGCUCUAGAUCUUGUGCCUCUCGUGACCAAUGCCGUCUUGGAGGAUAAUCAGUUAGUCGUCGGUGUCGUUGUUGUUGUUGAUCCUGGAGUCGUGCCUAUAAAUUCCCGCGGUGAGAAGCAGAGGAUGCAUCUACGUGACGGAUUCCUCGCAGAUCAACUCGACCCGAUUUAUGUCGCGUACAACAUGUAGACUAGAAACAUUCUGUGCUGUCAAGACUCUCAAGGUGGCAACGCUUAACACCCCCAUUUCCCUAUGUUGAUUCUUCCAGUUAAUGUAUUGGAAGAGUCCAUUCUAGAAACUGGGGCUGUAGUUAAGUUGCCCUCCCCCACGUCUCUGUAUAGACUCUUCCAGUUAAAGCAACAGAAGAGUCCAUUCCAGAAACUUGGGGUGUAAAUGUUGGAUAAAAAUAAUGAUAAAAGUGAUUCAUGUCUGCUUGUCAUAUUGUAAUGAUGGUGUACAGAUUGAACCGUUUCACUGUUGGCCGCCUCUUCCUUAGCAAAUUUGGAGUAAGUCUAUAUGAUCCAUACAGUAUGGAAGCAGACAUCAACCUCACCACCAGAUGUAAAUAGAAUACUGUACAUAGUCUGUAUAUGUCAUUAUUUUCAGCUUCUUAUUCUGGUUCCCAGGCAUGCAUGGUGCUGACUGGAACAACAGUCAAGAGACCACAGCCAACUUUAAAACAAUCUGUAAGUUACCUUAAUGGUCCUGUCAGAAAGUUCUCACUGUAAGCUUUCUAAUCAAUGGUCAUCUCACUAGGUUUAGUCGCAACAGAUGCGUCCUAGACAUGGUGACACUUGUCAUCUUUAGACUCUUCAAGUUCAUGCAUGAUGAGUCCAUCAAGGAAAGCAAGGGUGUAUAUUUUGACUGUUGUUCCAGAUCGCAUCCCAGUUUUUAGCUUCGAGAUCUGAGUUGAAUAUUUCUAAUUGUGAUGAUGUAGAGUAAGUUAUUUGUGCCACGUAGGUAUGUAGGUCAGGAUUGGGAUGACAGGAAAGCUUGGUCAUAUGAAGCAGAGCAUUUGUAGGAAUGAAAUAGGACAAUGAUAGUUCAGUCAGUACGCUGAAACAGUCAAUAUCUAGCCUUAUUCAUUCCCAUGAAGUUUUGCACUUAAAUAUUUGAUAAGCACCAAACGGCCAGUAAGUGCUCACCACUGUGGACUUGUGCCUGAAUCUCCAUUAACUGGUGAUUUUGUAUGUUUUUAGCAUCAGUGUCCAAUACUACACUUUAGGUAUUUUGUAAGACUAUAAAACAUGUUGUGGUCACUCUCAAGUACAUUUGUUCAAUACCCGUAUAAAACCCCCUGGGGUGAGGCUUGAUAUACCUGUGCGUGGGCUGCAGACACUGUAGAUCAGCAAGGGAAUACACCAUAUAUCACACCCUGUGGAGUGAGCUGAGUUUCUUUCUAGUUAUGAUGACAUGGUCAGUAGAAAGUCAUGAUAAAGUGGGGAUUACCAGAGUCAGAACAGCAGCCUCCUGUUAUGCCUAACAGAGUCUAGACAAAAUUCUUAGUUAGCACCACGCGUUGCUUCCUUCUUGUAGCGCAAGUCACUUUAUAGAGCUUUGUUUAUGCAGAGAUUAGCGUUAUGAAAGAUAGAAACCUUUUUUUCGAGAAGGUUCCCUGGGUUUUGUAAUUUUGUAUGGACAGAUAAUGGUCAGUAUUAGAUUUUUGCUAAUACGUUGUGUUUUCAAUGAAUUUUUUACCAUAACUUCUCAUAGAUGGCGCUUGUUGUGUUUAUCGUUAGUCAAGUGUUGUCUUGCUGAUGUUAGGAUUAUGCAAGGAAUGAAUGUAAACAACUCUUUGGAUUCAGUAUUUAAUCUUUCAGUGUCUUAACUUUAUAAUGAAAGUCAUGGAAAUCAUGUCUGAAACUUUCGAUUGAGUCUUAAUUUGGUAGAAUGAGUCUCAAUUGUUUCUUCUUCAAAAGGACCCCAAACUGGAACAGUAGCGAUCCCCCACCCAAAAGAAACUUUGCCACCUUUCAUUCUGAGACAUUAUAACCAGCAGAUUAACUUGACCUGCUCAAGGUUUCACUAUUUUUGCAACUCGAGCGCAAUUUUCUUGAACAUUUAGUUUGUACAUAGGUUUGUAUUAUUUAAGUAGUAGAAUGUCAACUGUGUAUAGUUGUAUUUUGGAGAUGAUUAUGUUUAUUAUUGUGACCAGAAGAACAAACAAACAAUUGGAAGAAUAUGGAGUCAGAUCAUUGCUGAUUUCACAGUGACUAAUCUGCCUGGAAGUGACUUGAAGAUUUAGAAAAUACCAAAGCACAGAGCUUCAAGUGCUUCUAAAAAGAUGGCGCUGAUUAUCGCUAUAAUCCUUUGAGUAACAAUAUAGGUGGGAAAACCUUGUACUUUCUCAAAGUCAGAAAAUGUGCAGAUUGGUCACUUUGUGGGAUCAUUGAGGAUGUAUUAAUGGAUUAUAGAUGUGAAGACUUGUCUUUCUGAUAGUUUACACCGUUGCGGUGCUUGUUAAAGUGUAGGCAAUGAUGAGCACGCUGCCAGUAUCUAAGCUACGCUAUUUAUAUUGGAUGAAAUAACGAGUCGUAUGUGUAAUUCAUUUCAAAUCUUGACCGAUCAAGGAUUGAUGUAUCAAAUGUGGUGUCAUGUUUUGCUUGAAACAUGAACCGCAUUGAGUUGGGGAAUCAUCCUUGGUGUGUGAAGAUGAUAUUCACACAAUGAUCUUCAUUCACAUAGGGCAUCAUUCAUGAAGGGUGAUAAGCCUUUGAAAAUGCCAUUUCACCAAUUGGUAGACUGUCAGCAUGUGUGAGCUAAUCAACCUUGAUGAAUUCUGCCCGUCGUCUUCUGGUAUUAUUUGUAUUGCAUACCGACAAUGGCCCUUGCUGAAGUGUUGGGAAGAGCCAUUGUUGGUGUCACACAGAACACAGCUUCUCAAAGAGACAACUAAGCAACACCCUCCCAAGCAAGUCACUUCACCUUCCCUGCUCAUUCUUGGUCUUGUGUAUAGUAUCUAAAUCAAGUUUGUACUUGGAAUUGUAAAUAAAUGAUACUAAUUGUGCAAUAUAAAA